GAAACCCCAGCUCAUUUCUCUUGGAAAGAAAGCUACUACCGAUCCACCAUGUCCCAGAGCACACAGACAAGUGAAUUCCUCAGUCCCGAGGUUUUCCAGCAUAUCUGGGAUUUUCUGGAACAGCCUCUAUGUUCAGUUCAGCCCAUUGAUUUGAACUUUGUGGAUGAACCAUCUGAAAACGGUGCAACAAACAAGAUUGAGAUUAGCAUGGACUGUAUCCGCAUGCAGGACUCAGAACUGAGUGACCCCAUGUGGCCACAGUACACAAACCUGGGGCUCCUGAACAGCAUGGACCAGCAGAUUCAGAACGGCUCCUCGUCCACCAGUCCCUACAAUACAGACCACGCGCAGAACAGCGUCACGGCACCCUCGCCAUACGCACAGCCCAGCUCCACCUUCGAUGCCCUAUCUCCGUCACCUGCCAUCCCCUCCAACACAGACUACCCAGGCCCGCACAGCUUCGAUGUGUCUUUCCAGCAGUCAAGCACAGCCAAGUCGGCCACCUGGACGUAUUCCACUGAAUUGAAGAAGCUGUACUGCCAGAUUGCAAAGACAUGCCCCAUCCAGAUCAAGGUGAUGACCCCCCCUCCUCAGGGCGCCGUCAUCCGUGCCAUGCCUGUCUACAAGAAAGCUGAGCAUGUCACUGAGGUGGUGAAACGGUGCCCCAAUCACGAGCUGAGCCGUGAAUUCAAUGAGGGACAGAUUGCGCCUCCUAGUCAUUUGAUUCGGGUAGAAGGGAACAGCCAUGCCCAAUAUGUAGAAGAUCCCAUCACAGGAAGACAGAGUGUGCUGGUACCUUAUGAGCCACCCCAGGUUGGCACUGAAUUCACGACAGUCUUGUACAAUUUCAUGUGUAACAGCAGUUGUGUUGGAGGGAUGAACCGCCGUCCAAUUUUAAUCAUUGUCACUCUGGAAACCAGAGAUGGGCAAGUCCUGGGCCGACGCUGUUUCGAGGCCCGGAUCUGUGCUUGCCCAGGACGAGACCGGAAGGCAGAUGAAGACAGCAUCAGAAAGCAGCAAGUCUCGGACAGCACAAAGAACGGUGAUGGUACGAAGCGCCCUUUUCGUCAGAACACACACGGCAUCCAGAUGACAUCCAUCAAGAAACGAAGAUCCCCAGAUGAUGAGCUGUUAUACUUGCCAGUGAGGGGCCGUGAGACCUAUGAAAUGCUGUUGAAGAUCAAAGAGUCCCUGGAGCUCAUGCAGUACCUUCCACAGCACACGAUUGAAACAUACAGGCAGCAACAGCAGCAGCAGCACCAACACUUACUUCAGAAACAGACCUCGAUGCAGUCACAGUCUUCAUACGGUAACAGCUCCCCACCUCUGAACAAAAUGAACAGCAUGAACAAGCUGCCUUCUGUGAGCCAGCUUAUCAACCCUCAGCAGCGCAAUGCCCUCACUCCCACCACCAUUCCUGAUGGCAUGGGAGCCAACAUUCCUAUGAUGGGCACCCACAUGCCUAUGGCUGGAGACAUGAAUGGACUCAGCCCCACCCAGGCCCUUCCUCCCCCGCUCUCCAUGCCAUCCACCUCCCACUGCACCCCCCCACCUCCGUACCCCACAGAUUGCAGCAUUGUCAGUUUCUUAGCGAGGUUGGGCUGUUCAUCAUGUCUGGACUAUUUCACGACCCAGGGGCUGACCACCAUCUAUCAGAUUGAGCAUUACUCCAUGGAUGAUUUGGCAAGUCUAAAAAUCCCUGAGCAAUUCCGCCAUGCCAUCUGGAAGGGCAUCCUGGACCACCGGCAGCUCCAUGACUUCUCCUCUCCUCCCCACCUCCUGCGGACCCCAAGCGGUGCCUCUACAGUCAGUGUGGGCUCCAGUGAGACCCGGGGUGAGCGUGUCAUUGAUGCUGUACGCUUCACCCUCCGCCAGACCAUCUCCUUCCCGCCCCGUGACGAGUGGAAUGACUUCAACUUUGACAUGGACGCUCGUCGCAACAAGCAACAGCGCAUCAAAGAAGAGGGAGAGUGAGCCCAUUUGUGUGGGUUCUCCCUACUGUCUUCCUAUCUGCCCACCCCUCUACAAGGCACUACUUCUUGAUCUUGAAAGCGUUCUACCUAACUCCUUCCUCUUCUUAGCCUGAUCUCUUAAGGGAAAGAGAAGUAAGAGGCUACCUCUUACCUAAUGCUAACAUCUGGCCUGAUGCCUGAUUGCAUUUCUGGCUCUAAGCCUUCAGAUCUAUUGCUUGCAGGACUGGAGUUGGCCAUGGCUAGGUAGAAGUAGGCAAAAAAGCAGUGGGUGUCUCCUUAAGCUGCAGAGAUUUCUCAUUGACUUUUAUAAAGCAUUUUCACCCUUAUAGUCUAAGACUAUAUAUAUAAAUAUAUAAAUAUACAGUAUAUAUUUUUGGGUGGGAGCCAUUGAAUAUUGUUUAAAAUGUAAUUUAAAGGAACAGAAAUUGAGUUGCACUUACUUUUUUUAUUUUACUCUUUUUGGCUGGUUUAUUUAUGUUCCUUCUCUCAAGGGCUACCAUAUGUGGUAAUAGGUAUCAAGAGCUUGAUGAAACAUAUGAUCAUGAUGUAUAGAUCCUUUUGAGUUUUUGAUUUUUAAACGAUGUCAGAUCAAAAUUUUGGCUAAAUUCAGUUAUAUUUACCAUUCUUUAUUAUGUGGGUGAGCCUGUCUAUAUACGUGCACAGUUCUCUAUGUUGGUGUAUCCUAUGCUACUGCUAUCCCUACUAGAGAUGGUGGUUCUCUUUGUGGUUAUUUUCUCUAGUAACCAGAAAAAGUCCAUAUUCAUACAGUCACACAAACUAAAGGAAAUGACACAUCUUACUUGGUUUUUGGUUUAGAAUGGUGAAUGAGGGUCACAGACAAAAUUCUUAAAAGGACUGUGGCAGCCAGUUCAGACACCUGGAAUCUUGUAUUUGGGUGUAUCAGUAUUGGCCCCUCAAAUUCAAUACAAGACACCUUCUGUCAUAGUAGUUGCUGGGAAGACAUUUGCUGCCAUUACUGAAGCCUUCACACUCAAUUUCACUACUAGAUUGACUAACUCAAUGACAAAUUUGCUACUCUUAUUGGGAUAAAAUUUGAUUUGAUUGGGAUGGCUGCCAUCUGUCUAGUUCUUGCAGUGAAGUUUGACUGCCUGUUAACAACAUCCAAGGAAAACAAAAACCAUUCAGAAAUUCUGAGUCUUUACGAAACAGCAAGAGACUUCAGCAAACCAUGAAUUGAGGUUCUUGAAAAUUGCUUGGAAAUAGAAAUAAUAUUAUUUGGUAAAUAUUUCUUUUAAAGACCCCCCUCUUCUCUCUAUUCCUGCAUGUAGAAGCUUGUUGACCUUUAUCUUUUUAAGGUUUAAAAUAGAUGUAGUAACUAGUCUUCAUACUUAGGGAAACCAUGGAAAUGACAGCAUUCCUCUUGACCUUUCAGAAACAUGUCUUGUAGCAAAUAUUUUAUUUUGAUUUCAAGCUAUAAAAAGGCUAUUUUGUAUAUAUUCCAAUGGGCUCUGAUAUCCUCCAGUACAUUCUGGUAAAGGACUAUCAUUGCACACUAGCUGCCAUUUUUGUUUUAAGGUGCAAAAGGUCUAAUUUGCCUCAACGAUGUAAUGUACAAGAUUCAUUUAAAAAGUGUACAUAUGUUUUGCAUGUGAAUUGCAUACUUUGUUUCCCCUUGGGUUGGUGAGUUUUCCAGAACCACAAUUGCAGCCUUUUUUUUAAUUUUUUAAAAUAUUUUUAUGGAAACAUCAUCAUUUAAUAAGAAUAAAAUGUCAACUAAAGAGGUAAUGCCAUAAUUGUAAGAUGGGGGGAGUUGUUUUUUUAUUGUUAUUUUUUUAAUUUUGUAUGUUAAAGAGAGUGAGUCCUUGAUUUCAACAUUUUUUAUUGCGCUUAAAUGGUAAGAAGUACUGUUCAUUUGCGGAAGAAGCAUGCAGCUUUGAAAACUCAUUCAAGGGUAAGAAUGAAAGCUGUGCCCUGGCAAUGCUGGGAGGACAAAUGGCUUCCUCUGUUGCCGUGUUUGAUAAGCCAUGUAGGACUUCUUCUGAACUAUAUCAGCACUAUUCACGCAGCGCCAGGUACUCAGAAAUUCUGGUAGUGUAUCUCGUGGGUUUAGCAGUAGCUGAGGCUAGGCACCUGACUGGCCUCACAUCCUGGUGGCAAAUUACUCCUGAGUAUAUGUGUAUGUAGGAUCAGGGUGAAAGAGUAUUAAGAGCGAUAAGAGUGAACAAGUGGAAAUGGGCUUAAUGGAGUUGUUUGCAGCCUCAACUCAAUGCAGUUAGCUGAAGAAGGGGAAGAUUUUUCUUUGAAAGUAGUUAUAAACAGAAAGGGAGAACAGACCUUUCUUCAUUAAAUCCAUUUGUCUUUUUUUCAUUGAGUUUCCUCUAAAAUGCAGGAUGUGGGAUGUUGAAUGUCAAAGGGUUGUAUUUUUUUUAUUGUUAUUUUUAUAAUUGUACAAAAAGUUAUGCAAAUGUCAAAAGUUUUAUAUGCUUUUUGAAAAGUUCUUUCUUAUAGACAUAACUUUUUUUUUUUUUUUUAAGCUUCCAGUUGCUUGUCUUUUGGUAUUUUGUGUUAUGGGCUUUUGGCGAGCCAGAGGCAGAUCUAACAAGCCACUUAUAUUUGCCAGGACAUGCAAUAAAAUGACAAUAAAUAAAAACAUAAUGAGAAAUGGUAUUGUCUUGAUGUCGUGUGUGUGUGCGUGUGUGUGUGUGUGUGUGCGCGUCAUUCAACCUCAUUUGUAUUAUUGAGGAGGAGACAGUGAAAGAAAUAUUAGACUCAAGUAUUGAUGUUUUUCAUCCCAGGAUAAAUAAUCAUUCUUAUUUUAGCCAACCUGUGAAGUAGGAAAGACCAGGAAGCUACCCUCAUUUGGUACAUGAGACCCUUAGGGGUUUAAUCACUUACUUGCGUAAAGUCAGAAAAAGUUGAGUUUGGAACAGGGUCUAGACUGCAGACAUUCCUAAUGUCUGAGUGAGCUUCCCAUGAUGUUCAGCAAUCCCUCCUCAGCACCAUGACAGUAGGAUGCAGAUUGCUCUGGUUCUUUGUGGAAACAAAGGAGUUCUCAACUGGUGCAAACAGUUAAAGUCCUCGGCUGCUAACUGAAAGGUUGGAGGUGAAGUCCACCCAAAGUUGCCUUGGAAAAAAGAUCUACUUUCAAAAAAUCGACCAUUGAAAACCCUAUGGAGCACCGUUCAACUCUGGCACAC